AUGGACAACGCUAGCUCGAACGAUAAAAUGCUACGGUAUAUCUCGGAGAGGAUAGCCGACUUCCAUCCCGUUUUGCGCAGGGUACGCUGUAAUGGCCAUAUUAUCAACCUGGCAGUACAAAGCUUUCUCUUCUCGCCAAAGAGGUCAAAGCGAAGCCAAAGCCAGCAUGAGGAGGACGACGCAAUUGAAUUGGCGAUCACGGAGACUCGAGGGCUGUCCGAAGCAGAAAAGCAAAGCAAAAUGACACAAGAGAAGCUCGCAGAGGAGUGGCGGAAGCACGGCGCGCUAGGCAAGCUUCAUAAUCUUAACGUUUGGUAUCGUGCUUCUACGGCUCGAUAUCAGGAGUUUACCAGCAAAGUUGGUAGGGCUAUCCCCCUGGACAACGAAACACGCUGGAACUCUUGGGCCAUUGAGGUCGCAGUCGCACUGUCAAAGAGAAAGGAGAUCAAUAGCUGGCAAGAGGACCAUCACAGCGAAUUAGGUGAAGACAGGCUGGAAUUUAAAGACUGGCAGGAGCUGCAGCAAGUCGAUGAGUUUCUCCAGCCAUUUUUGAGCGCCACCAAAGGCACUGAGGGUGAGGAGAGUUCUUUGGAUGAUAUGCUAAUGUCUAUGGACUUUUUGAUUGAGCAUUUCAAGUUACAGAAGGAAAAGCAUAAGAAUAACCCUCAGAUGACGACUAGGAUCUUGGCGUCAUGGUUCAAGUUCGACAAGUAUUACCAGCUAACCGAUGACUCUCCAAUUUAUGCUGCCGCCGUCCUUCUCAAUCCUGCCCUUCGUAGGGCAUACCUAGACUCUGCAUGGUCUCAUCAAACGGCCUAUAUCGAGCCGGCAGUUGAACAAGCCAGAGAGAUGUGGACGCAAAGCUUCAAACCCAUGGUAACAACAACGACGGAAGAAGCUCUGGCAGCCAUUAAAGAUCCUUUUCAGCGGUUUCGAGCAAAGGCAACAGGCUUUGUUUCCAUCAAAGACGAAUUCGACGACUUCAUCAACGCAAAUCCGCAUCCAAUUGGCUCUCAGUCUCCUUUAGAAUGGUGGCUUGAACCAUCUCGCGGAGCACUCGAUCCAAACCUGCAACAAAUGGCCGUAACAGUAUUCACUAUCCCACCGAUGUCGGCAGGUCCAGAGAGGGUGUUUUCGGGCACACGGCAUACAAUUGCACCAGAACGCGUAAGGCUAGGCGCCAAGAUGGUAGAAAUGACAGAGUGCGUUAAGAGCUGGGUGCAUAUCAGGCCAGGCAGAGCUCGCGCGGUAAUUUCUGGGGUGUUUCGCAACUCUCAACACGCGGAUGACGCCCUUGGAGUGCUGCAAGAAGACAGCCACAGAGAAGAGGCUAGUGAAGCUGAGGUUAGUUUGGAACAAAGUGACUAG